AUGACUGACGAUCUCGCGAGGCAACGACUGCAGAAACUCGCUGGGUUCUUCGCAAACAAUCCAUCCAUCCAAUAUGUCACCCCGUCCUCGCCCAAGUAUGCAGAGCUGUGCGCGGCAUAUGUGUCUCUGCCCGACCUAAAUCCCCUUGCCAUCGCUCGUCCAUCUACCGUGGAGGCCGCGGUUUCUGUGGUGUCCUUUGUGGUGGCUAACGACAUCCCAUUCACAGAGUUCUCGACCGCGCGGAUCGGCGAAGGCAUCCUCGGGGGAGAUAUGAUCCGUGCGCUGCAGAAGCAUGGGCUGACCGCCGCAGUUGGGACGAUCUCCUCGGUCGGAUACGCCGGCUGGGCGAUGUGUGGUGGCUAUGGACCGGGGAGCUGGUGGACGCCGAUGCGGAGCUACUUAGGGCCCUCCGUGGCGCGGGGCGAGCAUUCGGGGUUGUCCUCGUCGAGCUCACAAUUCCGGCACCGCCUUGAUCAAACCCUCGACGGCGCCAUUGCAUUCCAGUCCGAUAAUCUCCCUGCAGUCAUCCGACAGUACAAUUCGGGCUACCAGGCCUUAAGUGCCGAAGGGAUUCCUGCAGAGCUCACUCUGCAACAGAGUAUCCUCAACCUCCCCCACGGUAAGACAUUGGUUGUCCUGUUCGUGUGGGCGUCCUCGGACAUCGAGACUGGACAAUCAUGGGCCGAGAAGAUUUGCGCUCUGGCUCCGGUGACUCACUACGCCGUCCAACCAACAACGCCCCUUACCUAUCUGACCGACACAGAUUGA